GUCAUCCGCGAUCGGAUGCGCCGCUACCUUGACGUCACCAGCGGUGUAACUGGCCUGCACUUUUUAGAGCUGCCCAUCCCCCCUAAUGACGGCUCGAGAUGGGUCUUCUUCGUCAACAGAAGGGGGCUGUUGGGGUGUACCGAUCACAGUAUUCAGAACUUCACAAACGAGGGGAUUCAGAAAGUAGUCCUCGGAUACGACUGUAUUUGUAACGGAGGAGAACUUGCUGAAGUGGUUUUAGCGAUAGCUGGAGUUCCACCUCAACACAACGCACCAGACCGCGAUAAUUAUGUAAAAGUGCAUACAGAUAAAAUACUUCCAGGAAAACAAUACUUGUAUACGAAGUUGCACGAUAGGGAUUGGCUAUUCCACGACCUUGAGUAUGACUUCAACAGCGCAGGUCACUAUCAUUUUCACAAACAUAGCAUUGACGGCUCCGCAACAAUCGAACCCAAAAAAACAGUUGAUUUCCCAGUUGGCGAAGGUGAAGGCUUUAGCUACGCAGAUGUUUUGAAAAUCAGAAUGCUUUACAAUUAUAUCUCUAGAAAAAAACAAGGCAAUGUUAAAGCACCAGAAUGUAAAAAACUUUUUAAACCUGGAACUAACUUUGACAAGUAUCGAACUGAGAAAGAAGAUGACCAGGAACCUAGAAAGAAACCCAAUAAAUAUCUUGGUUUGCCUGAUAAUGAACCUCAUCAUUCAUUAGAAUACGAUGAGACAAUAAAUAACAAUGGCGAAGAACCAGAAUACGAUGAAAAAGAUGAUAAAUACAUACAAAAAAAUGACGACGAUGAAUAUAUACAGGAAAAAGAUGAAAAUCAACAAUCAAUAAUAAAAACACGUUUUACAAAACUGGCUCUUAAGGGUAAACCUCCUAAAAUAAAGGAUCCUCUAGCCGAACUUUCAGAUUACGGUACCGAUGAUGAUCGUAGACGCAAAAAAAAGAUAUAUAAAUAAAAGAAAACGCUACCUAAUUUAAAGAAGCGUCAAUAAACGUAAAGAAAGUUUAAUAAAUAUACAAAUUUCA